AUGAAGGAAGGCAAUCAGUCACACGUGACUGAAUUCAUUCUUUUGAGUUUCUCCAAUCUUCAUGAAUUUCAGGUCUACCUGUUUAUGAUUUCACUUGUGAUAUACCUAAUAGCCUUGAUGGGAAACUCCCUCUUAGUGCUGGUCUCCUCGGUUGAUCCUGCCCUUCAAACUCCCAUGUACUAUUUCCUCAGGAGUCUGUCCCUAAUGGAUAUAGGCCGCACUACUGCCAUCAUCCCCAAAAUGCUCACCAAUUUCCUGUCCAAGAAUCAAAAUAUUUCCUUUGGUGGCUGUGCAGCCCAGAUGUAUUUCUCCUGCUUUUUCGGAGCCUCGGAAUGUUGGAUCCUGACAACGAUGGCUUAUGAUAGACAUGCAGCCAUCUGUGACCCAUUCCGUUAUUAUCUCAUUAUUAACCGGGAGCUCUGUCUACAGCUGGCCCUGGCUUCCUGGCUAUCAGGGAUUCCCGUGGCAACAGUACAGACUACAAUGAUGUUUACAUUGCCCUUCUGUGGGCCUAAUGCAAUUAACCACUUCUUCUGUGAUAGCCCUCCUCUCUUAGAGCUGGUGUGCAUAGACACCUUCGCGUUUGAGGUGUAUGAUGCAAUUGAAACUGUUAUCAUUCUGAUGCUCCCCUUUGGAUUGAUCACUGUAACUUGCAUUCUCAUCCUCGUCACCAUCCUGAAGAUGUACUCUGCCAAGUGCCGUUGCAAAGCCUUCUCCACCUGCUUAGCCCACCUCACUGUGGUCUCACUGUUCUUUGAGGCUGCAAGUUUGACCUAUUUCCGUGUCAAAUCCUCCUGCACUCCUGAGAGCAAGAAGCAGCUUUCUCUCUCCUAUACACUCUUCACUCCCAUGCUAAAUCCCCUGAUCAACAGUCUGAAAAAUCAAGAGGUGAAAGGUCUAGCCAAGUUCAUGCUGACGAAUGUUAGGAGAAACCUCUCCCUUAUGAAUAUCGGCUGCGCCACUGUCGUCAUCUACAAAAUGCUCACUAAUUUUCUAUCCGAGAAUCAAAGAAUUCCCAUGGUGACAGUACAGACUACAAUGAUGCUUACACUGUCCUUCUGUGGGCCUAAUGCAAUUAACCAUUUCUUCUGCAAUGGCCCUACUCUCUUAGAGCUGGUGUGCAAAGACACCUUCGUGUUUGAGGUGUAUGGUGUCAUAGGGAUUGAGUCUGUUCCUGUUAAAGAUAUUGGCUAUACCACUGUUGUCAUCCCCAAAAUGCUCACCAAUUUCCUGUCCAAGUAUAACAACACCUUUGCGUUUGAGUUAUAUGGUGUAACCGCAACUGUUAUCGUCCUGAUGCUCCCCUUUGUAGUGAUAACUGCAUCUUACAUCUGCAUCCUCAUCAACUUCCUGAAGAUGUCCUCCACUGAGGGUUUUCACCAAGCCUUCUCCACCUACUCAUCCAACCUCAUUGUAGUCUCACUGUUCUUCGGGGCUACGAGUUCAACCUAUUUCCGAGUCAAAUCUUCCUACAUUCCCAAGACCAAUAAGCUGCUUUCUCUCUCCUAUUCAGUCUUCGCUCCCGUGCUAAAUCCUCUGACCUAUAGUCUGAGGAAUCAAGAGGUGAAAUGUGCCCUGAAGAGAUUCUAG